AUGUUCACUAUCUACGAUGCUCCCGGAGUGCGGUUUUCCCUUCCUCCGAAGCAAAAUCAUGAAAUAAGUCAACCAGAUCCGACCGAAAAACAAAUCAAAUAUGUUUUAGUUCAUCGAACUUCAUUCCACAAUACUCUUUCAAUUGGUAUCAAAAUAAACGGUAUAAAAGUCAAGCUAGGUGUGCAUUGA